UACUUCAUAGUCCGCCUACAGAAUAGCUUCCUCGACUGCGUUAGGUUUUGCAACGGACAACUGUUACAACCGCACCUUGUCCUAAGCCUGGGUCUUGCGACGAUGGCUUAUGUUCACACAAAGAUAGAGCUUUGUCUAUAUUCUGAUGGGGCAUGCGUUGGUCUUAUUCUAUCUGACGAGAUAUACGACAUUUCCUAUAAAACUAUAGGUAGUUUACGUGAUCUCGGCGCGGUUAAAAUCGAUAAAGAAACAUCUCUCAGUUUGAAUCAAGUUACCAACAAUAUAAAAGUAUUGAAAGGAAAACUCAAGAAAAUCACGACGCCACUUUAUCAACAUUUGUUUUCGGGUGUACAUAAUAUAUCUACUGAAGAAUUGUCUUGGAAGAAGCCUUUAGCGAGUCAAGUUAUCAGUAAACAACUCCCGAAACAUUUGUAUUUUUCUUUUAUGAAACCAGCAUAUCGGAUGAUGUCAUCUUCUCCACUACACAUUCAAAAAAAAAGUGAUGAAUUCGUUUCAACCUUUGCCGAAAAUCAUACAACAGAUUCGUCACAAAAAUUAUCUCAUGACAAUACUUGGAAAGAAUCUGACGAUAGACUUGCGAUUGUUGCAGAAAGGAUUUUGAAUACUUUAAAUGACAUUUGGAAUAAUCAAGCAUUUGGAUCUGAGUUUGCUAAUUCAUUGAAUGAAGAUACUUACGUUUCGAACGUGAUUCUACCUGUCAUCCGAGCAACAUUGCAAGAUCUUCCUUUCGGUAAAUCUACAUUUAUCAGCAGUUUCGAAAAACAAAGUGAUGCCAGUGCUAAUCGGAGGGGGGAUGGACGAAGUGGCCGAAGACCAGAUGUUAUGUUUUUCGUGAAACACAGGGAGAGAAAUUACGAGCUUUUAUACAUUGAAUGUUCACGCCUAAUUUGCACGAAACAAAAAGAACAAGAUGAUGAAAUAAAGCUUUGGCGAGAGGCUAACGAUGAGAUGUAUUAUGUACAUAAGAGAUGUAAGCCCGACAAAGAUGAAUUUGGUAUCGUGGGGGUUCAGGUUGCUGGUCAAACAAUGCGGUUAAAUGUUUUAAUAAGAGAUAAUGCAGAUAUUCACAGAUACUAUCAUCUCCUUGAAGCCAAGGUACCCAUACAACCGUCAGAUUCUGUCAUCGUAACAAAAUUUGUUGAACUUCUAUUAGUAUUACGCAAUAUUUUGAUUGUAAACAUGAGUCUACUAUAUAAUGCUCCUUUAUUAGAAAAGAGCUCAACAGUCACAUCUCCACGAAGUUAG